UCCGUGUGUGGUGGGGCCGCUAUCGCUGCUGCCGCUUUCUCCGCCAUCGCUUGUAAAAUGCUGCAUCAAUUGCAAGCGCAGCUAAAAAAUGCUACUCAAGAAAUAUGUCAAAAAUCGUCGAAAGUUAAAAAUUCUUUUUCUACUCAUGGUCAUUGUGCUGAUUGUGGUGACUGUGGUUGUAUUGAACAUUUCGCCCAACGUCGGUUCCACUGAACGUCUACUCGAUGAACGUUUUAUAGCGCGCAUCUAUGAUGGCGGUGGUCGCUUGGAGCAGCCACCACUGAAGUCGCCCCGCCAAAAUGGCGUUAUUGUGCCGGAGAAGUACGACGAACACAAGGUGAAGGCACGCAUUGCACAGGAACGCCUGCUGCAGUUGAAGCAACAGCAGCAACAACAAUAUAACGCCAUUGAGCCGGGCGAAGAGCACACCACAUUGGAUGCCAUCACUGCGGGUGUGCAUAUCUUCUAUAGCGCGCCUGUCGCCUGGUAUAAGACAAAAAAGCCACAGCAGCAGCAUCCCAUUGCUCCACAGUUGCAAUUGCGCGGUGCUGCUAAGGAGUUGCUGAAUGAUGUAUCCGACGCCGUCCAACCAUUUAUGACAUCGACCACAACAACAACUGUGAAACCGGUGCGCAUACUAAACACCGCCUUCUAUCCGGCACUGGGCCUGUAUAAGCCCACCGCCAACCUGCUGCAGAAGCACUUCGAUAACAUACGCAACUGUGGCAUUGGCGUGCUCAUACUCAGCUGCAGCGGCAAAGCAGGCGAGGUGGAACUCUAUCAGCAACUGCUGGAUUUGGCGCCCAGUUAUAAUUUGAGCAUCACCUUUGAGAUUAGCGUGGCGAGCAAUCAGAGUGUGGAAUUUCUGCAACAACAAUUGGAGGCAGUGCGUCGCUACUCAACCGCUGAGAGUUUCUAUCGCGUGUAUUCGUUGUCGCGAAAGCGUUUGGUGCCAUUGAUUUACGUAAGCAAUGCUUAUAAGUUGAGUGAAACGCCAGCGGGGCGUGCGUUGUGCCCAUCGCAUUCGGACAGUUUGCGCCGCAUUUUCGAUGCAUACUUUAUUGGGCACAUUAGACUAAAAAAUCACGUUGAUAUCAUGCGACGCCUCUGCUUCGAAGGCUACUAUAAUAAGUUACCAAGCAAUGGCGCAACAUUUGCGAGCACCUGGAAGAAUUGGUCAUAUCUGAAAUCAUUCGCAUUGACGUAUAAAAUGUUAUUUGUGCCAACAGUGGGACCAGGCUUUGCAGAACGUAAUAAAUUUCCACGACACGGUGACAUACAAAGGCAUCGCAGUAAUGGCAGGUAUUAUGGUGUCGCUUGGCGUACGGCCAUCCUAAAUCACGUCGGCUUCAUUAACAUAGCCAGCUACAAUAACUGGCCGGAUGGUAGCCAAAUCGAGGAAGUCAUCCCCAAGGCCGGAUUUUUAGACUAUAAUCCUGGCGCUAAAACAAAAUAUAUAGAUUUAACCACACAUUGGGUUGGAAAUUUCUUAAAGACCCGUCAUGAGGCGGCCGCUGUUGCUGUUCCUGGCCAGCCGAGUUGUUAUGAACUCUUGAAUAACACCAUUUGUUGAAUGUCAAUAACGUAAAUAGUAAACGCCAAAUAAUUGCACUGUGAAAAGGCACGAAUGGGUUAUAGCAAUUAUGAAAGAGGAAGAGCUGUAAAUAAUUGGGCCACCCAGCAAUUCGUUCUUAAAUGUCACAAUUUUUAUUUUUUUUUACCGUGCGUUGAAGUUUUCUUUAUUUGGUUUCAAGUUGAUCUAAAUUAUUUGUAAAAAAUUGAAUAGAACUACAUUUACCAUUAGUUUCGUCUUUAAGAGUAUAUAAUAAAAUUUAAUGGCGCUUAUUUUUGAGGAACAUCUUAACCCAAUAUUUCCUAGCCGUAUGGGAUAAUUUGAAGAUUACUUUGAAAAAUCUAAAAAAUCUUACAUUUGGAGGGUCGAUGGAGAAUUAAAAUGUUCCACGAAAAUAUUCCCCGAAAAAUUUCAGUAGUGACCUUCUCAGACGAAAACAGUGUGCGCUAAUGCACAAAAGUGCACCAUUCAUUUAUUUCUAACAAAAAUAGCCCCAUCGUACCAUCUCUCUCUCUCUCCUAAUUGCACAACGCACUGUUGCCUUUUUUCGUUCCAUUUUACCGCACGGUGUUAUUAUGAUACGUUAGCAAAUUCAUAAAAAAACUAAGGUACAUUAGAAAUAAUACAUAAAUAUAGAGAUUUAUUAAUUAUCACAUACAUACAUACUAUAUAUAAAAAAUAUCUACAUAUAUAAAAUUUUGUAGCUAAAAUCUAGCUGAAGCCUGAGGCUAUGUGCAAUCAACUAUAGUACAGUGGUCAUGUUACUUUCUUUAAAAAAUAAUUAGAUGAUACAUAUAAACAUAGGUAUAUACACAUGGUAUGUAAAAGGCAGAUAUUGAAGUCAUAUUAAUAUGGUCGAGGCCAUAAAACGUUUUGCUGUGCAUUGUAAACUUUAUAUUUGUACUACAAUAUACGUACAUACAUAUGUUAUAUUACAUUACAAUAUUAUACAAAUAUUAUAUUAUAUUUACAUGCUCGUAUAUACGAAUAAGAAGUAGCAAUAUAGGGUGUGUGUGUGUGAGUAUGGCUAAAUUGCAGACCUUGUUCUUGCAUUAGUAGCCCACUUUUAACGGUAAUUGGUUCUAUAGGGUGUUCCAACAAUAGUUUUUUUUCGAAUUUGGCUCCCUCUCCAACAUUUCUAUGUCUCAGCGUCGGAGCUGUAACACUUUUUAAGGUGAGCGUUGAAAAAAGAUUAGAAGCCGAGAUAUGGGUUGCUGAUAAUCAGAACAAAAAACUACAGGUGACGAAAGUAAACAUGUAUUGCAAACGAAAGUUCUGUUUAUAGUCUACUUUAUUACUAUCUUCUUUUUGAUUGGCGCGAUAAUCGCUUAUGCGAUUUGGACCGAGUUUAACAAAGCGCGCUAGUCGUUUCUUUCUUGUGCUAACUGGCGCCAGUUAGAAACACCAAGCAAAGCUAAGUCCUUUUGCAUGUCAUCUUUCCAAUGCAGAGGAGGUCUUCCUAUUCCUCUGCUUCCACCAGCUGCUACCGCAUCGAAAACUUUCAGCGUUCGUUUUUAUUCGAUCGAAGCUGCUGGAUCUUUAUUCGCUGCGCUAUGUCUAUGUCGUCGUAAAGCUUAUACAGCUCAUUGUUCCAUCACCGGCUCGCACGAUCUUUUCCAGCAUCAGACUAAAGAAGUCACACGACAGCGAGUCAGCCUGUCUGAAACCUCGUUUGGUAUCAAACGGCUCGGGGAGGUCCUUUCCAAUUCUGACGGCGCUGCUGGUUUUGAGCAACGAAUACCGAAUUCAGACAUCGCGUCAUAUAGAUAACUCCUUUUCGUGCUGUUGAAUGCAGUUUUAAAAUCGGCAAAAAGAUGCUGUUUGUCGAUUCUAUACCUACAUAUAUGUAUACCCCUAUUUGACGUCUGCCUAAUACGGUUCACCACAAAAAUUUCGAGGUGUGGCGACUCCUUAAACAUUUCUUCUAGCUGGUUAAGUUAUUUAUUUAUUUAAGGCUUAGUGCACAAUAGAUCAAUAUGGUCGCAGUGCUAAAGGGCCAUACCUUAACCCUUUACAAGCAUUAUUUAAGGCUUAUAUAAAAAUAGUUCACUUACAAACUAUUGACAAUUCUCUGCUUGGAAUUGGGUCCACAAAAUUCAAAGAUCGGAGGGUGAAGCGAACAAAUUCCUUUUGGAUACGCUCAAGUCUUCACUGCAGCCCUUACAGGCCAUUGGAAAGUAGGGGAUCAUGCAGCUAGACUAAAUCUACCCUUCAUUUCUAUAUGCAGAAGCUGUCAAGAGGAAGGGGCAAAGGUAACUCUUUUCCACUACUUAUGUGAAUGUCCAGGGCCAGCUAGGGCACGACUCCGCUCCUUUGGUAAGCCUUUCUUGCAGAAAAUUAAUGAGAUCUCAGACAUCGAGAUAAAAUAAUUUGCUGCUAUACUUGGACCUCACUAAAUGGAUUUGACUUAGCAGGAAUACUCAACCAUUUUAACAAUAACAACAACAACGCUCAAGUAUUUUAAUAUAGCAAUCAAAUACCUUUUAGAUCAAGUAUUUUAAUAUGGCAAUCUAAUUGAGGCAAACAUUUUCAAGUUUACAUCGAGCUAGAGACGUAUACAGGAGCUUCAAGGUAUACGGAUUACUAAAAUCAGAGCUGAAACGACGAAUGAAAGCUAUCUUAGCAUAGGAUUUUCCAAUGGUACAACUGAUAUGACUUAGGAAUAAAAACUUUAAGUCAUGUGGUCGAUCUCAGUCGGAGAUCUCAUUCGAAGUAGAGAGACCAGCACCGCCAAUGGAAUAGGAUGUGGGUAAAGGGGACGAAAUUUUGAGAAAAAACAUGGAAAAAUUUACUUAUAUUACAUUGGCGACAGUCUUUAUGGAACAGUCUAAGAAACUUUUUAAUACCAGUUUGGAUAGUAAUCCAAUCGGACGGACUACCAAUUAUCCAAAAUUCAUCAGCAAUCCUGCAAAGGAAUGGUAUCGAGUCACGGUGAAAACCUUUAGGCUGACAUUUAGGAGUAGUACUCGUAUGAUGAGCUCAAAAACAACUGCGCGCUGUGGUACGAAAUACAGCGCACAUGUCAAACUAGCCCUUGGAAGAGACGGAUGGAUCUCUCCUUGUAGAUUCCAUGAAAAGGCAUUGCUUAAUUGUUAAAAAAAAGAGACGCUCAAAAAUAACUAUAGAUUUUUCUUCAAUAUUAUUUCUAUUCAUGCUAUUCAAUUUUACUGCUCCAUUAAUUGUAGAAGUAAAACAAAAAUCAAUAAGGAAGCUCGCGAGAUCCCAAAGUACCUCAGACAUUUGUUUCUCACUAAAGAGUAUUUUUUUCGUUUACAAAUAGAUGAAGUGUUAAACUGCAUAUCAGCUGUCUUGGGUUUACAAACAAGUGGGCAGAAAAUAAACAUUUAACAUUAAAACAAUUUUAACUCCAUCAAAAUUUAAGAUUUAAUAAA